AUGUCUAUCAACGAGUCUGCUCCGGCUCCUCAAUCAUUCACGCCAGGCCAAUGCCUCUUUUGUCCCUCUGUCUACCCGACACUAGCCGAAAGCAUCGCUCACAUGCAAACUUCACAUGGCCUCUUUGUUCCCUACAAGCAGCACCUCCUGGUAGAUCUCGAGACACUGUUCAGAUAUCUUCACCUUGUUAUCUAUGAGUACCGAGAAUGCAUACACUGCGGGACAAGCAGAGCUACGGUUCAGGCUGUGCAGCAGCAUAUGAUGGGUAAAGGCCAUUGCAAGUUCGACGUGUCGGAAGGAUCAGAGUUUGCCGAUUUCUACGACUUUUCACACCAAGAUCGUCAUACAGAAGAUAAGGUAUUGGAUGAAGACGUUGAGGAAAAGUUUGAGUCCGACGAAGUGAAACCUGACCGCAAGCCACUGCAGGUUGACCAGGAUUCGAUCCGCCUACCCUCUGGACGUCUCAUCUCCAAAAAGUCAUCAGCGCAAGUUGAACCAUCGAUUUCCCAGGUGCGCGAGCGCAGGAGGACCCCUAGAUCUCAACUCGAGUAUUCAUCUGUCGAAGUCGAUGAGGAAAUUCCCAUGCACGACGAGCAUGCGCCUGGCGAUUGCGAUACGAGGCUUUUAUCGAGACGAGAACGACGACAGAAAGCCACUGUUACCUAUCAACUUGCCAACAUGAGUGCCGGUGACCGCAGCGCUUUGAUGCACCUGUCUGCAUCUGAGCAACGUUCAUUGAUCGCCGCUCAGCAUAGAUUUACGGAAAAGAUUCAGAAGGAAGAGAGCCGGAGACAGCGCAGGAUUGAUCGUAAGGGAAAUAAGAAUCUGUAUGCUUAUUGGCAUACGGAAACUCCAGUGUAUCAGUGUGGAUAG